AUGACGCAGACCCGCAAGCAUGUGCUCGUCAUUGGCUCAGUGAAUGCUGACAUCGUCGUAGAGAUCAGUCGUCUACCUCUUCGUGGUGAGACGCUGUCCGCUUGCAAGGCGGACACGGGCAAGUUCUUCCCAGGCGGCAAAGGCAGCAAUCAAGCGGCUGCAGUCGGCAAAAUCAUCGGUGCUAACCACCCGACACUGUCGGUCAAAUUCGCUGGCCAGUUCGGCAACGACACGCACGGCAAGGCACUUCAAGGUGCACUGGAGGACGCCAACGUGGAUACAGGGCUCGCUGGCUAUCCAGAUUGUCCCUCAGGCCAAGCGUUCGUGUUUGUGUACCCGGACGGCAACAACUCCAUUGUCAUUGUAGGUGGUGCCAAUCGUGCGUGGCCUGAGGAGCUCCCUCCUACUCUGAUGGAUGCCAUCAAGUCGGCGGCUGUUGUUUUGCUGCAGUGCGAGAUUCCUCAACGGAUAAAUGUGCUAGUGGCCAAGACGGCUGCUGAAGCCAACGUCCCCGUCAUGUGGGACACGGGGGGUGACGACACCUCGAUUCCAGCCGAUUUACUACAGUUGCUGACAUAUGUGUGUCCCAACGAGACGGAGUUGGCGCGGUUGACCAAGCGCGAGGUGACCAACAUAGACGAUGCAAUCGCUGCGGCGAGGUUUUUGCAAGAUCAAGGCGCCAAGAAUGUGUUGGUCACACUUGGAUCAGAUGGAUCCGUGUUUAUUCCUGCCGACGGUGCGCUGGUGCAUCAGAAAUGCUUUGAGGUAGAAAAGGUGGUUGACACGACGGGUGCUGGCGAUUGCUACCGUGGUGCUUUUGCCGUUGCGUUAGCUGAGGGUCAGAAAGUGCAAGACUGCAUGGCUCGUGCCGCUGCAGCCAGCGCUUUAUGCGUCCAGCGUUCGGGUGCGUUGCCGAGUCUCCCGUCGGGCGAUGAAGUUGCAGCAUUCCUCAAGAAGAACGGCACGUAA